AUGAGCGGCACAGCGCUUGUCACGGGCGCCACCGGCCUUCUGGGCAGCCAGGUCGCCCAAGCCUUUGAGGCUCGCGGCUGGAAAACCGUCGGCACAGGCCUGACGCGCGCAUCGCCGCCCUCGAUAAUCAAGCUCGACCUGCUGGACGCUGCCGCCAUCGAACGGACCCUCGACGAGGUCAACCCCGACGUCAUCGUCCACUGUAUGUACUCCGCCUGUGAAACGCGUCCGCUACGCUACACACCACCCCACCACUCCAGUCGCUCACUCUCCUCUCCACACACAGGCGCCGCCGACCGCUCCCCCGAUUCCUGCUCCACCAACCCCGACGCCGCCCGCGCCCUCAACGUCGAAGCCGCCGGCACCUUGACCGCCUUGGCCGCACGCCGCUCCAUCUUCACCCUCUACAUCAGCACCGACUACGUCUUCCCGGGCGCGCCCGGCGAAGCUCCCUACGCCCCGCUCGCCCCCACCUCCCCGCCCAACACCUACGGCCUGACAAAAUGGGAGGGUGAGAACGCCGUGCUGGCGGCGGCGGCAGCCGCCACCACCACCACCACCACCACCUCUGCUGCCGAGAACAACGACAACAAGCACAGCCGCCCCCUGGCCGCCGUGCUGCGCGUCCCCAUCCUCUACGGCAAGGCGGGCAAGCCGUCGGACAGCGCAGUCAACUGCCUCGUCCCGCUGGUGCAAAAGGCAGCGGCGCUGGGCCCGGCCGCGGCCAAGAUCCAGAUGGACGACUACGCGCUGCGCUACCCGACCAACACGGCCGACGUCGGCCGCGUGUGCGUCGACGUCUGCGCGCUGUACACGGGCCGCCGGCGGAGGAGCGAGCCUGCCGACGACAACAACAAGAACCCCCUUCCGGCUCAUCUGCCGCGGAUCCUGCACUUCUCGAGCGAGGACUGCAAGACCAAAUUGGACAUGUGCAAGGUCCUGGCCGGCGUGCUCGGCGUGGGCGUCGAGGGCCUCGAGCCGUUCAGGCCGUCCGAGGCCGAGUUGAGGGCCGAGGAGCGGGGCGAGAGGGUCAGGAGGCCGUUUGAUUGCCAUUUGGACACGGCGGAGACGAGGGCGCUGGGCAUCGACUGCGGCUGUGUGGAUUUUGCUGAGUGGUGGAGGGAGGAGUUGGGGAGGGCGUGA